UGAUUUGGAGCGGUGGAAUCCGGUUCCGAGUCGUCAGUACCCAAAUAAGGUUACUAGCAAAGAACUUUGAAAAGCUAGGAGGAUCUUCCUGUUAGGGUUCACUUUGAGCUUGUUAAACUAGAGACAAGGGACUGGAAACAGUUUCCUUGUACCUCGGAAGUACCUAGGUACUUGUCACCCUCCCUCUCCCCUGGUCCCCGAUUGUACGGCCGUCAUUGGACCCUCCUAUUUAAUCAUCGACACUCGCCACUCCCGGGCCCUUUACCUUCCACCCCACACUUUAUCAUCUACACUUACCAAACUAAUAUACACUUACCCUACGUCUGAACUACAUUAAAACUCUUUUAAUCCUUUUGAAUACGAAAUACACACGCAAUCGCAAACACAAAAGAAAAUUAAAAUCGAAUAUACGUUCCGACACCAGUUUCACUCGUUCGACUCCAUCGCAUCGUCACACAAUAUGAUGCAGAUGCUUGAUCAAAAUAACUUUACAUCGAGAAAUCACCAAACCUACCCAUUCUUCUCGCAACAGUCCCUCGACGGCAGCUCGAGUACGAAUAACGCUUUUAAUCCCUCGACGUCGCUCUCGAACCUCGAUACCGCUGCCGCCGCCAUCGCUGCUACUCAGCGAUAUAGGACGCCGGCAACGCCGUCGCAACAGGGCUUUGACGGGGGGAACAGCAGCCAGAGUCUCACACAAGUACCCGACUUGAUGCCGUCGGAUUCGUGGAUGCUUCACAGCAAUCAGCAAACCCCAAGGGCAACACAUCGCUUCAGCCAUCAGCGCGAAUCUUCGCUCUCCUCGUUAGGGUCCAAUGGUCCAGCGUCGCCAUACAAUGCGAAUACCUCGAACCCGCAUAUCGCCGUCGCCGACUCGAAUAGUGAUGGGUACCACGACAUGAGUGGUGGCGAUAACCACUACGCGUAUAACAUCGGAAAAUCGUUGCCUAUGUCCGACAACUUCUACACGAACGCCUUGGCCAACUUCAACAGCAACAACCGCGAUGGCAACAUUACUAAUGUGAAUCGCAAUGGCCACCACAAUAGCCGAGAUGUUUCUAGCGGUCAACACAUGUCGCGCGAUGUAGCCUCGGUAGACGGCCUACCAAACCUAGCGAAUCAGCAACACAGGUUCAGGAAUGACCGAGGCUUAGCACCGCACGCAGAGCUGGCGAUUGGUGGUGGAAGUUCGGCGACAAGAUCUCAUCCUGUAUCGGUGGCGAGUUCUAUCGCAGGCGGUGACUCACCAGCUACUCCCUCCUUCCACGAGACCGAAGAUGACUGUCGAAGACCAAGGAAUGUUUUUCCCAACAACAAUGUUCCGAAGCUAGACCGCACAAUGACAGAUAUCUAUAACGACGAGUUAUACAACCCCAAUUUUACAAUCACGUCAGCUUCUCCACCGCCUCAAACUCAGCUCGCUAUGUCACCGACAAGUGAGAUAUUUGCCCAGAGGCUUCAAGCCGCCAAUAGCCAACACUUAAGUGCGGUGCAGUCGCCUGUCUCAAACCCUCCUCGAGAUGACCAGUCUCCAUUUCGCCAAGGUUCUCCAUACGCCUCCGCUAUCAACGACUUUCCUCAAGUGGGCGUAGAGCAAAUGCGACUUGGAUCCGCUCGACAGAUGCACCAGCAGAGAAAGGCGGAACGAGACGCAAAAGAACUACAGCAGCAACUAGCACGCGGCUCCGCACAGCAACAAGGCACUCCUAAUACGAUUUCGCCCAAGGACGCGAUGCUUGACUUCAACGAAUCUGACGACGGCGCUAACAUGCCUCUAUUCCCGCCACAGGAGACUAAUAGUUACAAUAUGGAGCCGGCUAGCAAUGACAACACGCAUGUGGUUUCUAGAAACAUCUCGCAACAGUCGAGUCCGUCUUUUCAGUCGGUAUCCUCGACCCCGAUACACAGCGGGUUCAACUUUUCCAUGCCGAGCAACAUUCAGCUGCCCCAACAAUAUCCAUUCGUCAGACAACAACCGCAGCAUGCGACGCCCACAGCCUCGACAUAUUCGAGGGUGAGUUCUACUGAGGCCACGAAUUCUGAUAGCGGCGAUGCGCCAAGUCAGAAACCAGCAGGAUCCAGCGCCGAUGGUGGUACCUACACUUGUACGUAUCACGGUUGUACUCUACGGUUUGAAACGCCAGCCCUGCUACAGAAGCACAAGCGCGAGGGACAUCGACAAGCCAAUGCCCUCAGCCAGGUUAGAUCGUCACCAUCUACAUCUACCGGAUUGCCGGGCGCCGUAUUAAACAGUCAGGCCGGGCCGCAUAAAUGCGAAAGAAUCAACCCUAGCACAGGCAAGCCAUGCAAUACGAUAUUCUCUAGGCCCUACGACCUUACGCGACACGAAGAUACGAUUCACAAUGCACGCAAGCAAAAGGUUCGUUGCGACCUUUGUACCGAGGAGAAAACAUUUAGUCGUGCAGAUGCUCUAACGAGGCACUAUCGCGUGUGCCACCCUGACGUCGAGUUCCCAGGCAAGCACCGCAGACGAGGUGGUGUUGGCGUAUGAGCUGGCGAAUAGUGAAAGUCUGAACUCUGCAACGUAUUCCUCCGAUGCCAAGGCAGUGCGAAUUUCGAAUAUGCAGGCGAUGAUGUUCCUGGGCGGAGAGGGCACUCGAAAGGUCUGGAAGCUGGACCAGGCCCCAAUGCAGGCAUACAUGCAUUAGGGGAUGCAUGCAAAGCCGAGGUGUACAGGUGGGGGUUCCGUUGAC